GUGAUCUAUUACUGAACAGACGCACGGCAACAUGGAAUCUAUUUGCUAAUUAGAAGUAAAACUACUAAUGAUAACUCACGAAUAUACAUACUACAAAAACUCCAUUUAUACUUACCAAAAUUCUAAAAUCUUGUGAUUAAAAUCGUAAUUAAGAAAAGUUAAAAUUACGAAUUGCAAAGGUAGCAGCCACUAGAUCCACCUAAAAGGUUACUUAAAUCAAGACUGCGUAUCCGGGUCUUAAACUGCUUAAGACUGGCAGCUGAUCUGUCCUUGCUUGGUAUCUGGCUCCAAAGUCUUGGACCUAGGUAUCGAAGUGAGUGUUUUCCGUGCGUAAUUGUGUUAAAACUAGGUUGAUAAAAAUCUUUCUGCCGUAAAUUGUAAGUGAGGCUGUUGGUCAGAAACAUGUCACAAAUAGUCCGCGGGCACAAAUUAUGUUUAACCUUAUACAUUAGAAUACAUAUGUCCUGUAGUCUCCUAUUGUACAACUAUGGUAACUUUGCUUCACUAACAGCUGUUGGUAGCUAGACUUCUUAUCUUUAAAUACAGCCCGCAGUCCACGCUCCUGUAGUCUCUCCAACCUACGGGUUUCCGAGGCUCUACAAAAGUGCCACACUAAGUGGCAAUGUUAAAUGUGGGAGAAUAGCUGCCUCAAAGAGAUGUAAUUUGGCCUCAUUUGGUAUUAGAUUCCUCAGCCUCAUUAUCACACCUAUUCUCUGGCUAGCUUUCUUACAAACAUUACUAAUAUGCAAAUUAAAAUUCAGACCACAAUCAAUAGUUACGCCUAGGAGUUCUAAAUUGUCUGAUUCCAUAAUAUCUUUGCCAUUGACAGUUUUACUUGUUUUGUCAUCAUAGUUCACACUUUUAUUCCGAAUGUUCAUCGUUUGAUGUUUUUUCAGGUUUCCCCUGAAGAAGAUUCGAAUCGCACCAAUUACUUGCUAGAGUGUCACUCCCUUGAAGUUUCGCGACAAUAGUACACGUCCUUCCCUUUCACGUAGACCUGGUGAUCGUCCGCGUACAUUGACAGCCCAGAGUCUAAGUUAUAUGAAAGAUCGUUCUGAAAUAUGUUCCAUACAGAAGCGGUCCUAGUACCGAUCCCUGAGGGCAACCUCGUUCCACAUUUCCUCAUGAGCUAGUUACCGAUCCAAUACGCACUCUCCCUAAGCGACUGCAUAAAUAGCUGCGCAGCAAAUCCAGUGCUCUGUCCUGGAAUCCAUAGGCUUUUAACUUACAUAGCAUAAGUGGUGCGUGUAAGCUAUCGAACGCUUUCGACAUAUCUGUUGAUAAUAUUCCCACUAAUAGACGAUUGUCCCUGGCAAAUUUCCAAUCUUCCACUAGGCCAAUCAAUGAUGUUUCACAACUAUUGUGCUUUCGGUAAGUCGUUAGGCCUUCACCAAGGCGAUCAUCAUACGUUGUUGUUAUUUGGUUACCCAAUAAACGCUCAAACACUUUGUUUACACAUGAAAGCACAGUUAUUGGUCCGUAAUUCUCCUUAGCAUGCUUGUCAUCUUUUUUAUAGAUUGGAGUCCAGUCCCCUUUCUUCCAAUCACAUGGCCACUGACCCUUUUUAAUGCAAGAACUGUAAAUUAUAGAGAGUGGUAGAGAUAUUUCCUCGGCUCCGGCCUUCAGGAUUUUGGCAGAAAUACCAUCAUGGCCAGUAGCCUUAUUUACGUCAAGAGACUCCAGCACGUUUUUAACUUGCGUCGGAUUUACUUUCUGGAAAUCAAACGCUUCACAACCCCUCGACUUCUCCUCUAUUAACUGCACACUUGUUCCUGCCGACUGUGGUUCGUUGUUACAUAGGUUAUCUGAUGGUCGACUAUUUCAACACUUAUACUAAUUAUGAAACUGUAGACUUGAGUUAAUCUUGCUGAUGUGAAUAAGAAACUUUAGAGGGAGAUGCAAUGAUAUACCAUUCAUUGGUUCCUUUUUGUUUCCUGCAGACAUCAUCGGCUGUAGUUUUUGUUGCAAAUGGUCGAUGGAAUCCUACCUGAAUAAGCUUACGCUCCACUGUACAUAAUAUUCUGGCAGACACCGACUUUUCAAGUCUAAUAUAUAGAUUUAGCCAGGGCUAAAAGCGAAGCUCCCAUUGAUAAAUUUAUGAUUUAAAUCAAUUUACAGUAAACUUGUAAUCCUAGAGUGAAACAUCCUACAUCGAGUUGAUAGCCUUAUAUGUGCACCCAAAAAAUAGCAAUAAUCUUUGAUCACAUUCAAGAGCCAUAAUGGCUCUUGAUCACAGUAGAUUUAAGACCUCGAAAACAAAUUCUUGGAAAACAAAUCAGGCCGAAUCUUUUGCUUUCGACAAGUUUACUUUACAAAAUCUUGACAACAAAUCUAGGGGUGUGUAAACCAACCUGUUCUUACUUUUUAUACAUCACAUCUGAGCUGAAACAGUACUAUUUAUCAUACAGACCUCGGACAGAAUGCAGUAUUUCACAAUUUUUCGAGACAAAUUGCACUCAGUCAAUAUUCAGGACGAUCAAUCGUGGGCUUUUAGCGAAAACGUUCAAAAAAUUUCCAAAAUCACCUUAUAUACGGCCAGCCGGUUCUCACUUUUGACGACCGCCAAAUUUGCAGUGAACAUUAAUAGAGUUACUCUUCAACAUAAUAAAGAAUUUAUUAUGUUUAUUUUUUUUUUAUUUAAUGGUUUUAUAACGAUGUGUAAUCUUGAAAAGCGUUUGAUACGCGAGGCAUUUUGAGUACUAGCUCCUGCAUGUGAUGUUCAUGAACGACUGAAAACAAACGGCACAGCGAUUAAAAUUGCAAGAGAGACUACUAAUAACAAUCAAUAAAAGAAAUAUAAUUCGGUGACACAUUUACAGAGACAACAACUUUCAUUCACGACGACAGGUAUUAAAGUGUUUCUAAAAAUCCUGAUUCUUAAAGCUUAAAGCUUAAGUUUAUGUUUUAAGCCGGCCUCCCGGUGUUUGCUUUUUUCAAAGAUGAACUCGAGGCAAGAAAAGCGCUCAAAGUUUUCUUUCAACAGCCAAUUUAUGACUAAAUAUUCUUCGGAACUUUUUCUUUCUAUUUGCGGUGAGAAAAUAUAUCUAAAGGCUUUUUAAAGUUCUGUAAGCUUAUAUCAGACCUGAGACUAGGUCAGAUCAUUGUCUCAAAUCUUACAAACGUGCAUAGAGCCGCAUAAACUACGCUCGACUUCAUGAAAUUAGAUAUAAAAAAACAAACAUCAAAUACAUUAAUUACUCAGGCUUACCAUUCGAGAUGCAACACCCGAAAGCUAUCAAUUAGGCCAGAAUCGCUUGAGACUUUUGAACCCUCUUACGCAUUAAGCAAGGUGAAAAACCAAAACGAUGCCAUCCGAAAUCGGAUUUCCGACUUUGACAAGCGACAUAUCUCUCAACCAAAAACACAAUGAGCAAACUAGCCAUGAAUAACAGAAGACUCUUGAUAGCAGCUGUUUUUUAUUUUGUACAUCCAGUGGAAAAAAACAGUUAAAAACAUCACAAGUUAACACAAAACUCUGGCAGCUUCAUCUGUCAAAGUAAACAAGUUUCAAGAUGCUGCAUAAAUUUUCCACAUGAACUCACCUGUCAAGUUUUGACCAAUCAGAGCAUAAAAAUUGGACCUAGCGUGUGACCUUGGUAAGAAAAAGUCUUCCCCACCUGUAUUUCUAAAUAACUGGCGGAAUUUUAGCGUCCGGGAUUAGUUUGAAAUCAAAAUCUUAAUAGUGCAGGGCCAUAGACAUAAACAUAAACAUAGACACUAGGAGUAAUCCCAGCUCAGGAGAGCAGUACAGGUAGCAGUUGAGGGAAAAGGGUGGAUGGUGCUAUGAUUAUGGCAUAUUUUGAACGUAAGGGUUGCGUACAGCGAAACCACGAUUUAAAUUGUGUAUCAUGGUGGAAAGGUUUUGAAGGCUAGUAAUCAGCGUGAUAUCGUAUGGUUCGUCUUAAGUGCUUGUUAUUUGAGGAGACACUGGCCGGAGUGCUUCGGGCGUGUAGAAACAACUUUUUGUUUUACUGGCACAAUAGAUGUUAUACAGGGCGCAGUUGUUCGAAGGCCGAUCAGCGCUUAACCCGGGUAUCUUUUUCUUUGGUUAAAAACAUUUCUUUGGAUAAUUUUCUCAGUUAUUUUUAAGAGCGUCCAAUCAUCAACUUGUUGCAAAAUGAGGCUUUCACAUCUGAGUUCAAAUUUCGCACUAACCCUUUUCGCCUGGGUUGUCUGAACCCAGCUUUGAACAACCCGGCCCAGGUACUGUUAAAAGCAAACAGUUGACAAAGCUUUAGAAGUGAUCGUUAAUUUUAUUUAAUAUUGGGAAUUCCACAUGUGGACAAUUACUGAAAUUUACUGUAAAAUGCCGGAAACCGUUACUGGCAAGUCUUCUUAACUUGUGAUGGUAUUAAAGAACGACCCAAGACCACAUUUUUUUGGUGAAUGCCGCGACACAAUGAUUGUGUUUGAACACUGGUUCACUUACACUACACCUCUCAAUUUUUCACUCGUUUCAAGGGAAUCAUCAAAGCCUUCACUGGAAUGUGUGUGCGGCUCACGUCAAUAACUUUUCCAGUAAUUUGGUCGAGUGUAUUGAUUUCAGUGGCUUGCGUAGCGCUACUGUGGGCUGGUCACGUUUUUCCGAAUAAAUAACAUAGAGCUAUAAAAAUGUUCGUUUGUACAGUGCCGAAAAUAUUACAAGUCAUGAUGAAAUGGUGCCGCCGAGCUACACAACUCGCGGUAGAUUUACUCUGUGGCACUACGGCCGCCUAGCUACACACCUCAGUAGAUUUACUUUGUGGCACAACAGAUGCUGAGCUUUACAGCUCGCCGGUAAAUUUACUUUGUGGUACAACGGACGCCGAGCUAAACAACCCGGUUUGAUGCAUGCACCAGCAGUAGCACGCAUUUUCCAAAGAAACGUAUGAGGGCUUAAUCCAAAGUAAAAUUUUACUCAGGGUGUAAACUUUCAGCACACUUUUGAAAGAUGGAACGCUUAGGAAGAUUCAUUAAACACAGAUCGAUAGUAGACCUUCAGCACACUCUGAGAUAUGUACGCUUUACAAAGAUUCAGCGCACUUUUAAAAGAUGAACGAUUUACGAAGACAGAAUAGCAGACCUCAGCAAACGUCUGAAAGAUGAACGCCGAGGACACACGAAUCACCAAGUGAGUUAGUGCGUCAAAGUGAGGCAAAACGUAAGCAAGCGCCUCAAAGCGAGGGAAAUGUGUGUCGACGACGACGAAUGCAAUCUCGAAAAAACCUCCCUUAUUUAUUUCACAGGACACCUAAUAAUGCACAGAUCACCCAACACAAAUUAGGGGUUGCGUUCUCGUAACUCGAACGCAAUAAAUUAUUUGUAAGAACGUACGAUAUCCUUAGUCUUGACCAAUUUUAAUAAAAACCUUUUAAUAAAGACCUUUUUAAUGAUUUGGUCAGUUUUUAACUAUUUGUUGACUCAAAAGUUGGCAAGGAAGGCAAAAGUUGCUGUAGGUUGCUCGCAGUACAAAGAGUUGCUGAAAACGCUAAAAGUUGCUCAAAAGUUGCCGAGCACAAUCUAUUUAUGCCUAGUACUUAGAAAGUGUGAAAGUAAACAUUGGUUUUCCUGUGGUGCGGACGGACGGUCGCUCGGGCGGGCGGUCGGUCAGUCGGUGUACGGUCACGUGAUUACCAAAUUUUCUGGGAUAGGUAUUUAGAACAAAACAGAUUUAAGAUGCCAGAAUAAAGAGAGUUUUGUAUUCAACAAGAUAAAAAGUUCCAUACUGAUGACAUAAAUCAAUGUUUACAUAAUAAUAGUCAUGGGGAUCCAAAUGCAAAUAUGUUCAAAUUUACGUUUCUCCUGGUCGAUUUUGGCAAAGUGUUGUGCUCAUCUGCGAACGAGCUCCAGAAAAACUCAAAUGCUUCUUCUACAGAGACUAUAUUUCUCUAAUAUUGAUUGUUUUUUAGAGAUUCGUCGCGUUUACAUUUGACCUUUGUAGCCUUUUGUCUUUUGUCUGUCAUUCGUAAACAAUACCUAAAACAAUGUAACUACUCCGUCGACCAAUCAGCGCUCCUGACCGAAUUCCGGACACGCUGAGACCCAGACGUUCCUCCUCGCGAAACGUCCCCUGUGGCGAAGAGUAAGGAGAAACGGCUGUUUUCGCAGGCUAAUCAGCAUAUUGUGGAAAUUUGCCAGUAGUUUGAUUCAUGUAAAUAAACACUAUGAAUUGAUUCAGUUCGCAUUUUGAUUGACAACUACGUAAUGAAAUUGCCAAGUUCAUGGUGAACGACCGCAAUUUCCAACGAACUUUGGAAACCCUUUGUCUCUUUAGUUAUCUCCAUGAAUGGCACAUAUUUUGGCAAACAACAGUGGAUAACUGUUAAACUGAGUUAUGUCGAAAAAUAUCCUGAAUCAAAAUGAAAACUUUCGAAAGUGACAGCUAAACUUAUAAGGUCAUGGAAAACUGUUCAAGGUCAUGAGAAGAGCUCAAAAGAGGAUGUACCCUGUUUAAACAUGCGAGACAUGCAGUGCCCUUAUGGGUCAUUACAAUGCCAUGAAAAGUCCAUGAACCUUGGAAGAAAACUUUAAUGUCAACGUUUAAUCCGUGAGCCACAAAAUUAAGCAUUAGAAAUUUUGUAGCGGAGGGUUCUAGCCAAACCCAGCACAUAUAUUUUGUGGUUGUUGUUUGCUGUUCACACCCUUACAAGAACGUGAUUUUGUCUUAAUCAUUAGGAAUAAAGUUCCUUAAUUUAGCGCAAAAUUUAAUUUUGACCUCUAACAUAUACAUGAUUGUUGCUGUAUGCAUGUAGAUAUUUUAUUAAAAUGUAUCUAUUCUCACUAAUAAGUGUACUUGAUUAUAUUUUGAUGUAUAUUUAAUAUAUUUCUUUAACCUUUCUCAGGGCGUUUUCAGCUUCACAUAAUAAUCAUUUCACAUGGUUUCUCACAGAUCACACCCAUUUCACAUGGUCUUGCACAUGGUAAGAAAAUUUCACAGCUAUUUUCACAGGAAGGUUAAUCUAUUCUUGUGAGCUGUGUUUCACAUGCUUUUCAUAUGGUAUCUCACAUCACAGCCUGUGAAAUACUACGUGAGAACCGUGGAGCCCGUUUCACAGGUAUUUCACAUGAUUAUUUCACAUAUCAUUUCACAUCUCUGUGAAAUAAUAUGUGAAAACCUAUGUGAAAACUCUGUGAAAUCCCUGUGAAAAUUCACAUUUUUUUCACAUGAACUUCACUGCGGGGUCGUCGAGGUUUCGAAAGGUCCUUUUUACCAAUUCAUGAACUUAUGUUUCAAGAUUCUCAGUCUGCUAAUCAAGGCAUCUGUCCCCGUUUCCAAAGCUUUUAAUUCCAAUUAAUUUCAUUUAAUUGGGUUAAGUAACUUGUCUAAAUGAAUAGAGAAAUUCCCUAAAUCAGUUCUCUCUUUUUCUGGUCUCGUUUCAUUUCUCUUAGGGGAACCGCUAAUUAACUCUCUUUAACCUGACCAAUUACAGGUGUACCAUUACCUCCUACUAUACAGAAGGAGAAAACCAAAACAUUAAGCUGCGACGUCAACCUUACAUGGAGCACCCCUGCUGAUAACGGAUGUCCGCUGACCAAGUACUUAGUUUACUUCAAACUGAGUUAUGAAGACAAGCAACAUAUCUACAUGCAAGAUAUAAGUGAUCUCAAAGAGAAUGCGUUCAUUCUGAUGUUAAAAUGUAACUCGCGGUAUAUGAUCGAAGUGUCUGCCUGGAAUGAGUUGGGAGAAAGUAACAGAUCAAAAACACUGGAAAUUACAACAAAUUCAGGUUAG